ACUUGUUGUUGUUUUCGAGGUGAGCGCUGUCGGACGGUAACGCGCGGAUAAAAUAAUAUUAAAAAAAUACAAGUGUACAAGAUGAAACUUAAUUAAAGAAAAGCCAAAGAAUAAAUAGCACUGAAUACAAAAAAGUGUCGUAUAAACUAAAAUAAAUCUAGUCAAUUAAAAAAAAAAAGAAAUAAAAAAGGCGCAAUGGAGGAAACGUCAACAACAACAACAACAUUGAGAAACGGUAAUGCGGCGGCGGUUGGCGAUGUGGGUGUGGGGGUUGUUAACGGAAUUGUUGCUCCAGACUCCGCCAGUGCGGUAUAUGAAGAGAAACUAAAGCAGGAAGAUCCCAAUGAGAUUACCGCUAUUCCGCGUUAUGGCCUCAAGCUGAAAUUUGAUCAUGUCUGGCCAGAGCGGAGGAAUCAGAAUCUGCGUCCAAGUAUUAAGCAAACAUUGCCCAUGGUGCCGCUGGUAUGCAGAUAUGCGGCCUACUACUGGAAAGUGUCGCGUGAAGGUCGUCGUGUCUAUAUGGAUUAUUAUUAUAUGGAGAAUGGUAAGCAAAUUUAUGGUGUACCCAUUGGUGGCAUUGGCGGUGGAACCAUCGGACGUGGUUAUGCUGGCGAGUUUUGUCGCUUUCAAAUGCGUCCCGGCAUCUAUGAGUACAAUACGGUGCUGGCCAAUCAGUUUAUAGUCACCAUCAAAGAUCAAAAGGGCUGCACCAUAUUUCAGAGUUUACUCUCCAAAUGCAGCACCAACAAAAGAUCAUCAUCAUCAACAACAACAACAACAACAGCGGCAUCGAAAGCAACAACAGAUAGCUCAAUUAUUAAUAACAAUGAUACGGAAGCUGAUGAGGAUGAGAAAUCGAGAACUAAAUGUCAACUGCCCAAUUGCAGCAGCAGUCGUUCCCGUCAACCUCUGAGCACUUGGCAUUCAAAUAUCGAUGAUUCCCGAUGCAGUUAUACAGGGCUAUAUCCACGCUCUUGGACCGAAUAUGAUCUCUCGCAUUAUGGUGUACGUUUGAUAUGUCGCCAGAUAUCACCGGUCAUACCCCAUGAUUAUAAAGAGUCAAGUUUACCCUGUGCCGUUUUUGUGUGGAGCGCCGAGAAUGUCUGUGACCAGGAGCGAAAGGUUUCAAUCACAUUUACCUUCAAGAAUGGCACUGGGAAUAAGAAACAGGAUGCCGAGGGUGGUGCUGAAUCGCAGUUAAUUAACGAAGGACAUGCCAAAGGUGUGGCCAUAAGGCAAAAGAUAGCCGAUAUGCCAUGUAGCUACAAUUUGGCAUGUCGCGUCUUGCCCGAUAUAAGUAUUACGCGUUGUCCCCAGUUCGAUCCGGCUGGCAAUGGUGAAGCACUGUGGGCACAAUUGAAAGAGCAUGGCCAGCUAAGUGAUGAGCCUACCCAGGAGACACUCAAGACCAAGGACAUUGGCGUGGCAGUUUGUGCUCAUAUUGCAUUAAAACCGCAAGCAUCGCAUGAAUUGGAAUUUGUUUUGGCCUGGGAUAUGCCGAAAAUUCAAUUUCCUAGAAAACUAAAAACCCACACACGAUAUUAUACGAAAUACUUUGACGAUUCUGGUGAGGCUGGACCAAGAAUUUGUGAAUAUGCUCUCAAGCAUUAUCAGAGUUGGGAACGUCUUAUCGAUGCCUGGCAGCGACCUAUUCUAAAUGAUGAAGGUCUGCCCGAAUGGUAUAAAUGCGCCAUAUUCAAUCAACUUUACUUCAUUUCCGAUGGCGGAACCAUUUGGCUAAAAUGUGACUCUUCGCUGGGCAAGGAAUUGGCCUAUGAUGAUCCACGCUUGGCCUAUGGUCGUUUUGGUUAUCUCGAGGGACACGAGUAUCGCAUGUAUAAUACUUAUGAUGUCCAUUUCUAUGCAUCGCCAGCCUUGGCCCAUCUCUGGCCGAAUUUGCAAGUGAGUUUGCAAUUCGAUUUCAAAGAUGCCAUUGCCGCCGAGUUAAAUGAUACACGCAAAAUGCUAUACGAUGGCAAAAUAAUGCCACGAAAGGUUAAGAAUUGUGUGCCCCAUGAUCUGGGUGAUCCUGAUGAAGAACCCUUUACCUUAAUCAAUUGCUAUAACAUUCACGAUGUGAAUGAGUGGAAAGAUCUCAAUACGAAAUUCGUGCUACAAGUCUACAGAGAUUAUUAUGUACUCAAUGAAUUGGCCCAGGCCCAGGCGGAUAAUGCCAGUAAAUUUAGUUCAAUUGAGUUUAUCGAUAAGGAGAGUUUGUAUGAACUCUAUUCCCAGGAUAAUAAACGCAAAAAUUCGGCAGAUGAAAAGCAACAGAAUCGCAAAUCUGCCUCAAUGUAUAUCAAUGAGACCAAUGGAAAGGUUUAUCUCAUGGAUGCAAUUGGAUAUCUGAAAUCUAUGUAUGCUGCCUGCAAGGCCAUAAUGGAGAGGACCAUUGAAUAUGAUAAGGAUAAUGAUGGACUCAUUGAGAAUACAAAAAUGCCCGACCAAACCUAUGAUUCUUGGGUUAUGGAUGGACCAAGUGCUUAUUGUUCUGGCCUCUGGUUAGCCUCAUUGCAGGCAAUGUCUGCCAUGGCCACGAUUUUGGAUCAGCCUAACGAUUGCUUGCGCUAUCAGGAUAUACUCGAGAAGGGUAAACAUUCGCUGGAGGAGAAACUCUGGAACGGUAGUUACUAUCGAUUUGAUCUUUCGCACAGUCAUCGCGACACAAUAAUGGCCGAUCAAUUGUGUGGCCAUUGGUAUUUAAAGUCUUGUGGCUUUGAUUACGAAAUCUAUCCCAAAGAGAAUGUUCGCACGGCGUUGAAACGUAUUUACGAUAACAAUGUAAUGGGCUUCCAUGAUGGUAACAUAGGGGCAGCAAAUGGUUUUAUUGCCAAUGUCAGCGAACCCUCGAAAGCGGGUCAUGUCGAUAAUAGCAACAUACAGGCGGAAGAAGUAUGGCCCGGUGUGGUCUAUGCCCUGGCAGCCACCAUGAUUCAAGAGGGAAUGUUUGAUGAAGCUUUCCAAACGGCUGGCGGCAUGUAUAAAACCAUUUCUCAACGAAUUGGAAUGAAUUUCGAAACGCCUGAAGCUUUGUAUGGCGAAAAACGCUAUCGUUCUAUUGGAUACAUGCGACCCUUGAGCAUAUGGUCUAUGCAGGUUGCCUGGGAGAGACGUCGGGCAUUGCGUGAUUAAGUCUUUUAUAGUACAAUCCCUCAAGGAUCAACAGAUCUACCACACACAUGCUAAUUGCAAACCAAAGAUUUGUUUUCCUUUUUUUUCCAAGCACAAUAAUUGAGGUUCUCAACUAUGUAUUUAAUUUUAAUUUCCAUCUCGAAAGGUGCAAAAGAAACGAAGAAGAAAAUAAGGUAAUAAAACGUAACGAGCUUAUCAAUGGGAGGCUGCAAAAAACAGAA